AAAGCAAAGGCGGACUGAACGAGUGGAAUCUUUAGGGCUUAGGAUUGACAUUGAGUUUUGCGUAGUCCUCGUAUGUGACGCCGAACUAGUUGUAAGGGUGUCCUCAGGCUGUAUUUCUAUACAUAUGCAGCCAUCUCGGGUGGAGGUCUUUUUAAAAUUAUUUUAUUAACGAUUUGCCCACUGUUACAUACAUUCAUGGUCGGUCGACGGUGGGCGGCGGUUUUCGUUUCGGGAAAUAUUACAUUGUUACUGCCUUCAACGGGCCGCGAUAACCAUAAUCGUCCUUGUAGGUUUCCGUCUCAACAAAGUCCUCAGCUGCAAAACAACCAAGAUGGACCGCGAAGAACUGAAGCUUUAUACUGGCCCAUACACUGGAGGGCUCACUAUGACAUCGGAGAUGCUUUCUAUCUUGAAGCAGCCUGCAAAGUAUCUACACAGUAUACAAGAUGGUGGUCAAAAGUUGAGAGAGCUAUAUCAAGAUGAAGCGACAAACUGGAGUGCGAGAAAGCUUUCCAUGUUCGGCCUUGCUUGCUAUUUUGGCGAGCUGGAAGCCGUUAUCAGUAUGGUACAAUCCGGUCAAGCGCCGUCUCUCAGCUCGCAUGAAACGCCCUUUCAUUGGGACUACGUUAGCAUUGUUAUAUUCGGUGCGCAAAGGUCCAGCCACGGACCUUCUCUCAAACACCUUGAAACCUUGGAAUUUCUCUUGUCUCGCGGAGCUUCUCCAAACUCUAUUGAUAUCGUCGGCUUUACAGCCCUCCAACACGCUUGUACAAUCCAGACAACAAACGAGCCUCCUAAAUACGAUCCACAGCAACCCAUGGAUGCCGCAACUUAUGCCAGGCUUGUGCAAAUUCCACAUAUUCCUCAGACCAACAAAAUGACCCCACUCCUUCGGACGCUCAUCAAGCACGGUGCUAACGUCGAUCACCAGAAUCGAUACGGUGAAGUUGCAAUGUUCCUCGCAUUUCCAACGAACAACGUCGAUUUCAUCGAUAUAUUGCUCGAACAUGGCGCGUCCCUCGAUAUCCCUGAAGCAGACGGCCUCACGCCUCGAAACACUUUUAUUCGGUACGGUCCCCAGGUGACAUCUUGUGUUACAAAGUGGAUUCGAAAACGUGAAGGAAUCAACGCACCGCGCGAGGGAGGCCAAAAGCGAUGCGGCUGGAUUGGGUGCGACAAGCCCGGAGGAGAAAAGGAUGGGAAGAGUACUCUGAUGAUUUGUUCACGUUGUCAGGUGGAAAGAUAUUGCUCAACUCAAUGUCAGAAAAAGGCCUGGGCGGAACACAAGAAGGUUUGCAAGCCUUUCGAUACCAGCACCACCAUUGUGCUCAUACCGAACUACGAUGAAAUUGGUUCACUUCAAUCUACGGCCAAUUUUGCCCGAUCUGUCUUUGGCUAUGACCAACAUCUCCCCACUCCCAAAAACACAAAUCGUGGCGCUCGUGUCCCCCGAACCAAGCCUGGAAAAUCAAAUAUAAAGAAUAUCAUCGUCAAAGUCCAGAUUGCAAUGAAGCCAACCGCAAUGUAUGGCAUGACCUUCGAUUCAAACUCUUUCGAUCCACACGGUAAUCUGCUCAUUUAUACCAAGAACCGCGAUCUGGUCUGCACAAUACGCAGAAAGGACCAGAUAGGCGGGGUUUCUGCACCCGGAGUAGGUGCUGGAGAGAGAGCAUUUGACAAAUUAGUCCAGACAAUAAUGACGAAAGGUAUCGGUGGUGCGAAGGGGUAUUUUUCGGCUGUACUCAAGUCAAAAAAGGAGCUGGUAAUCAAGGUGGAGGAUAUGCUUGCUGAACAGCCAUUUUAAUGUGUUAUUUUAUUUCCCUGCGCAAGUCUGCCAAAAUUUUCUAAUGAAAUGUACCGAGCCCAAGACCUUUGAGUCGUUCACCUUAUGGUUGCUUGUCGAUGUGUCAGAGCAGAACAGCACUCGGCUUGUUCGACAAGUCCACAGGCUGACCUGAAUAAAAUGCAUUUCCCUUCGGGUUCGCUCAUCGAGGGUUUUCCUGGGUCGUCUUUGUUGGAGCAUGAACUCCGUACGUACGAUACAAAGCUUUGACUUACCCUUUCCGUAUGCGUCUACGAGUCCCUCAGUUGUUUGACUACCAACUGAGGUGAGCUCGUAGCGCCCUAGCCACUAACUACACGCUAACGUUGAGAUAGUAUAUUAACUUUUACAGUCUUUUCCUCUUCUUUCACUUUGCGAGUGUGUAUGCAUAUGUAGUACUAAGCGGGAAAUCAGUAUCUUGAAAGCGGUGAUCCAUUACGUAGA